AUGGAUCAAGCAGCCGCCCAGGCGCGGAAAUGCCCUGGCUUGAAUUGCGAAAAUGAUGCGUCGACAUUACAAUGUCCAAAAUGCAAGGAGAUGGGGGUUGAGAGUUUCUUCUGUUCGCAAGACUGCUUUAAGCGGAGUUGGGCUGAACACAAAACACUACACAAGAGUACGAACCUGCUCCGCGAUUUUUUCGCUCCGAAUGUCGUAUCUAAAGUUGAUCCAGAAACUGGCUACUUCAACCCGUUCCCUACCUAUCCGUUUACCGGGGCUAUAAGACCCGUCUAUCCUCUCUCUCCGAAACGGGAAGUCCCCAAGUCAAUACCACAGCCGGAAUGGGCGCAAGAUGGGAUCCCCAGAUAUCCAUAUGUGAGGAAAAACAACAUCCAGACGUUGGACGAGAAAGGGAUCGCGGGCAUGCGCAAGGUGUGCAGAUUGGCAAGGGAAGUACUUGACAUUGCUGCGGCUGCUGCGAAACCCGGAGUGACGACCGAUUACCUGGAUGAGAUUGUCCACAAGGCUUGUAUAGAACGAAACUCGUAUCCCUCUCCUCUGAACUACAAUCAUUUCCCUAAGUCAGUGUGCACGUCGCCUAACGAGAUCAUCUGCCACGGCAUUCCCGAUCAGCGGGUUCUCCUCGAUGGCGACAUUCUCAACAUCGAUGUUACGCUUUAUCAUGAGGGCUACCACGGUGAUCUGAAUGAGACUUACUACAUCGGUGACAAAGCUAAAGCAGACCCUGACAACGUUCGUUUGGUUGAGACUACUCGCCAAUGUCUCGACAAAGCAAUCGAGCACGUCAAGCCGGGGGUGAAAAUCAGCGACUUCGGCGACAUUAUCGAGAAACUGGCGAAAACACAGAAUCUUAACGUGGUGAAGACCUAUUGUGGCCAUGGCAUCAACUCGCUGUUUCACUGCGCGCCUAACGUGCCGCACUACGCGAAGAACAAGGCCGUGGGGAAGUGCAAGGCUGGGAUGACUUUUACUAUUGAACCCAUGAUCUGUCUGGGCAGCUACAGGGACAAGACAUGGCCGGAUGACUGGACAGCCGUGACGUCGGAUGGAAGCAGGUCCGCGCAGUUCGAACAUACGAUGCUCGUCACCGAAGACGGGGUGGAGGUUUUGACGGCGCGCUUGCCGGACUCGCCUGGUGGGCCGAUACCGUUCCCUGCGAUCACGAAUGGCGAGGCUGCAAACCACUGA